AUGUCUCAGGUUGCGGUCACUCGAUCUAUUCAAACCUCUCUCUUACGCCCCGCCUCAGGAUCUACACAAGACAGGUGUCAAAUCUUGUUGAAGCCCGCAACUUUUUCAUCCAAAGUCUUCCCUCCACACGGUAACAAAUCCCCCAAGCUUAGUGUCAGAAACUGUCACAUCAAUGCUAUAAAAUCCGAAUCAGCUGAAGUUGUCCCUGUCUCACCUGAUGAUGAUUUAAAGAUUGAGGAGGAGUUGCAGAAGUUGCCUGGUAUGCAGCAAACUGGUGAUGCUUCUGGUGGAAUGUGGUCUAAACCAGUAGUUAGAAGAAAGACUAAGAUUGUUUGUACUAUUGGUCCUUCUACUAAUACAAAGGAAAUGAUUUGGAAGUUGGCGGAUGCUGGGAUGAAUGUUGCGCGUAUGAAUAUGUCGCAUGGAGAUCAUGCUUCUCAUAAGAAAGUUAUUGAUUUGGUUAAGGAAUAUAAUGCACAAUCAAAAGAUAAUGUAAUUGCAAUCAUGCUUGACACCAAGGGUCCUGAGGUUAGGAGUGGGGAUUUACCUCAACCAAUUUUGUUAAAAUCUGGACAGGAGUUUACUUUUACUAUCCAGAGUGGUGUUGGAACUGCAGAUUGUGUUAGUGUGAACUAUGAUGAUUUUGUCAAUGAUGUUGAAGCGGGGGACAUGCUUCUUGUUGAUGGUGGUAUGAUGUCUUUCUUGGUAAAGUCGAAGACAGCGGAUUCUGUGAAAUGUGAAGUUAUUGAUGGAGGAGAACUAGGGUCAAGGAGACAUUUGAAUGUUAGAGGAAAGAGUGCAACACUACCUUCCAUUACUGAGAAGGAUUGGGAUGACAUCAAAUUUGGAGUUGAUAACAAAGUUGAUUUCUAUGCCGUUUCGUUUGUUAAGGAUGCAGGAGUCGUUCAUGAACUGAAGAAUUAUUUGAAAAGUUGCGGUGCUGAUAUACAUGUAAUUGUAAAAAUUGAAAGUGCAGACUCUAUACCGAACUUGCAUUCAAUUAUUACCGCUUCUGAUGGGGCUAUGGUUGCAAGAGGAGAUCUUGGUGCAGAACUCCCUAUUGAGGAGGUUCCGCUUUUGCAGGAAGAGAUAAUUAGGAUAUGCCGUAGCAUGGGAAAAGCUGUUAUUGUGGCAACAAAUAUGCUCGAAAGCAUGAUUGUUCACCCGACACCAACCAGAGCAGAGGUAUCUGAUAUCGCCAUUGCUGUUCGAGAAGGUUCCGAUGGAAUAAUGCUUUCUGGAGAAACUGCUCACGGAAAGUUUCCAAUAAAAGCUGCGAAAGUAAUGCACACGGUAGCAUUACGGACAGAAGCCUCUUUAACAAGUGGGCAAAUCCCACCUAAUAUUGGUCAAGUGUUCAAGAACCAUAUGAGCGAGAUGUUUGCAUACCAUGCAACCAUGAUGUCUAAUACUCUUGGAACAUCGACUGUUGUCUUCACUAGAUCAGGCUUCAUGGCUAUUCUAUUGAGCCAUUAUCGACCUUCUGGCACCAUAUUUGCUUUUACUGAUGAGAAAAGAGUACAACAAAGGUUGGCUUUGUAUCAAGGAGUCUGUCCUAUUUACAUGCAAUUCUCUGAGGAUUCUGAAGAGACAUUCACAAAAGCCUUGGAUUUGUUGCAGAAGAAUGGAUUGGUUAAAGAAGGAGAAGAAGUAGCCCUUGUACAAAGUGGAAGGCAACCCAUUUGGAGGUUCCACUCCACUCACAAUAUCCAGGUCCGAACGGUAUCCAACACAAAUUAA